AUGGGUCGCAAGUCACACGGGCUCGGCAGGAAAUGUGCAUUUUGCGACCGCCGAUUCACCAGGAACGAACAUCUUCAGCGUCACCAACGGCAUCACACGGGCGAAAAGCCAUUCGAGUGCCACCUCUGUCACAAAGCUUAUGCGAGAAGCGACGUCCUUGCCCGCCACGUUCGCAACCACAGUCUAGAAGACAAAGGCGACAACGAUGAGACCGACGAUCGGGACACGUCCACUCUCGCCACUACUGAACGCUCCACGGAACAACAGGUGUUGUUCUCGAAUUACCGGCAGACAAUCCCAACAAGUGAGCAACCCAGUGUCCCUUCACUUGCAGAUGAGCAUGCUGCGGGCAUGAGCUCUACAGUUCUCGACAGCAAUCCGAAUGUGGCCGCCCAAGGUGUCGACACCUCAAUGAUGGCUUCAAUGCAGCAGUUCUCAGAACCGGUGCUUACGACCUCAUCAUUCGAUCAGUCUCAAAUGACCGCCGGGGCCGGUUUCGAUCUGACGAUGCCGCCAUACGAGUACAACGUGAACUUUCCUUCGGUAUAUGAAGCUCUCGAUGUCUGGUUUGCCCCUUUCGGAUCUGCGGAUCAUAACAUGCUACCAUUCUCUCCCGGCGGAAGAACGACGGUAGACUUGACGACAACAUACGACUCGAAUUCGCUUCAGCUGUCCAAAAGGGUUCAGCAAGCGUGGCCCAGAAGGCGCGCUUCACCAGUCAUACGCGUCAUUCGUACCAUGUGGCGGUGUGCCAGUGAGCACCAGGCCGACAACUUCUUCUCGCUUGCCACAGCCACAACACCGCUCGAGUCAUCGUCAAUGUGUCGAGAUCGCUCUGAAUCGAGAUGGAACAUGGAUGACGAGUGCAGGGCCCGACUGAUAUCCGAUUGUGAGACGAAUUUUCUCCCGGCGGAGAGCUACACUGGUGGUGUUACGGCGCCGGGGUCCCCCCAUAUUUCCGAGCCAUUGCAGAACGAGGAGGUAGAACUCGACGGUCUCUCUCCCGAAGUGCCCCGACUCAAUUUCCCCUCGACUGAAACGCUCGACAUGAGCAUUGACUUUUACUUCCGACGAUUUCAUCCGGUCCUCCCAUUCAUACACGCCGCCACCUUCGACGCAAAGUCUACCCCAAGCUCCUUGCUACUGCCAAUGUGUCUCAUUGGACUGUCGACCCUGAACCCGACCGGGGCCGAGAACUUCAUCCGACAGUAUCUGGGCAAGUUGAUCCGGUUCUGUCGACUCAACCUGACAUACAAGGGGCUCGGAAAGGGAGGGGCUCAGCAGCUCUUGACCUCACUCACAUCUUCUCUCUUGGUAUUGUUUCUGGGCCUCAGCUGUGAGCGUCUCGUCGAUGAACACCAGGCACACAUGCUCGCGAUCCAGACCCUUUUCAUCGCCGACCGCCACGGAAUGUUCACGGCUCAAGACGGCGAGCUGGUGACUGACGAAAUGUUCCGCGUUCAAGCGACUCCGGACGAGGAGUGGAAGGCGUGGGCACGCAUCGAGUCGGUCAAGAGACUGAUUGUAUGCCUGAUAUCGAUUGAUUCAGCGUACACGCGGAUGCUCGAUCUUGCCGCCAACAUCGGCAUAGACCGAAUAGAGGUGGUCUUGCCUUGCGAUUCGGCCCUGUUCGACGCUCCAUCUGCGUCGGUCUUUUUCCAACGGGUGGCAGCCGGAGCUUCGAUGCUGGGCGAACAAGCCGAUCUGGGAGUCGCCACCAAACGAGCAAAGAAGCCGUUGUCUAUACAGCUCGAUUCGCUUGGCCUACGCACCCUCCUUGAUGUUUUAGUCUUGCGCGAAGCGGCAUAUCGGCACAGAUUACUUUCCAAAACACCGUCUGCUCUGAAGAACACUUCGUUUGUCCCUGCAGUCACUUACGCCCAAAAUGAACAAGCAGCCAGUAUUGCACGCGAUUUGGUAUCUGCCGCUCAAAUCAACGGGGCACUGCUGUACCAGGAUGCGUCCACGGCAAUUUUGUGGAACCAUCUAUGUAUGCUCCUGUGCGCGGAUAUCGAUCGCGUCCAAACGGCCUGCGGAAGAAUGGGUCUGGAGGCUGCCCUCAAAGCCCAGAACGACCUGGCGUCAUGGUCGCAGACGGCGAGUGCGCGCCGGGCCAUUAUCCACUCGGCGCAGAUAUUCAACGUCCUUUCGCAGCACAGGGUGUCGGACGUCAAGACUCUGCUACCCGAAUUGAUCCUGUCAAAUGCUGCCCUCGUGAUGGCCAUGUACGUUUGCGCCAAUCAGAUGACUCUGACGGCUUCCAAUGAGCCUCUAGAGCUGCUGCUACGGCCAGACUGGCCGUCGGUUGGUGCUGAAGGCCUCUCUACGCCUUUGCAUGGAACUGCCGCCGCAUCUUCAUCGUCAAACACAAUUCUAACAAAGCGGUUCAUCGCCGAGGGCGGGCCUUUCACAUUUGGUGGUGAAGACUACAUCCCAGGUCCAAUGUCUGCACGGAGGGUGGUCCUCACGUAUGCACAGCUGGUCGACGAGAUCUCACAAAGAGGAGAAUCGGAGCACUCUCGACUGCUUCGCACGAUUAGCGAUUUUCUGGGGGGUGUGUCGAUUUGA